AUGAAGAUCGUCCUACUGCUGCUUCUGCUGUUUUCUGCUUUAAAUCAUUUUAUCUUGAGCCAGAACGAGGAGAGCUGGAUCAGUGAGCGCUAUCCAGACGAGGUAAAUUUGCUGGAGUCUGAUCUACAAACAGUGCUGGAAAGAGUCAGUCGAGCGCCGAGACUGCAACAGGUUUUCGGUCUAAUGGGGAAAAGAUCAUCUGCAAGAUCACAGAUAACACGAAGACGACAGAAGUUCCAGACGUUUGUGGGUCUGAUGGGGAAACGGAAUGUCGCUGAAUCAGGCGAGUCUGAUAUUCUGCUUUCUUUACAUGCAUACUGUUUAGAAACAUAA